AUGAGGGCGAGUUGCAUCAUCAAGCUUCACAUGCUCAUAGUAUAUGCUUCUGGUUUUUUGUCCUUUUCAAGCCGAUAUUAUUUUAACUUCACCAUUAAUUCAGCAGUCGUUAACAACCACAUCACCACUUCAGAGUCACUUUGGAAUUUUUCGUAUGCUCCUUAUGAUGUUAUUUGUCCUGAUUAUGAGCUAGUUCGAGAAGCCAAUGAUACUAUAUGUGAUCGAGAAGAGAAAUAUAUACAAUAUCGAAAUAUCGAGACCGAAGCAAGAUUGAAAUCGUUACUUUACAAGAAUGAGAUACCCAGUUUUGAUAUUGAAUCAUUUUGGCAGAGUAAAACUACUCCAACGAUAGUUGCCAUUGCUAUAUCUGGCGGUGGAUACCGAUCAAUGCUAUGCGGUGCAGGAAUAUUAUCUGCAUUGGAUGAUCGAGAAGUAAACAAUUUGACUCAUGUCAGUGGCAUACUACAAGCGUCUUCUUAUAUCGCUGGGAUAAGUGGUGGUGCAUGGUUAGUGAUGUCCCAAUUCGUUAAUGAAUGGCCUCGAAUUAGUGACGUGACUCGUGGUGGACCAAAUGGAUGGAAUUUGAAACUGAGUUUACUUGAAGGUAUACCCGAAGUCAAUGAUAACGUACGAAGAAGGAGCAAAGAAAAGGAAAUUGAAAGCAAACCGAGGUCUGGGUUCCUGUUGAUAAAGUAUUUUAGCAAAUCAAAAGAGAAGCAAUCGUUUUGGAAAACUGCAUUGUUUGAUCGAUAUAAAAACUCAACUACGUCUGCAUCUACAUCUACACCAUUGAAUGAGAAAAGUGUAUUGGAGUAUCUCAAAUUUUAUAAAGAGUUGCUAGUUGAAGUCAGGGACAAGAAGAAGGUUGGGUUCCCCGUGGGAUUAACCGAUUACUGGGGUAGAGCAUUGGCUCACAAGUUAUUCACCACAACGGCAAGAACACCGGGAGUAACAAUGACCGCGGUGGUGAAAAACUCAGCGCUGUUUAAAAGCUACGAUCAACCAUUUCCCAUCAUUGGUGCUAUUGCUAAAGACCCCAUGGAUAAUGAUACAUCAAGCAAUGACCCAUUGCAAAAAAUGUCCAGUUUGAGUAGUUCAAUUUUUGAAAUCACCCCAUUUGAGUUUGGAUCUUGGGAUAAUUUAGUUGAUGCAUUUGUCAAUAUUGAAUAUUUGGGACUGCAUUUGAAGAAUGGUAAACCUUUGGAGCUAAGUGCGAGGAAUGAAACACGAUUAUGUAAAUCAGGGUUUGAUAAUGUUGGGUUCUUAACUGGUACUUCAUCUUCAUUGUUUAAUCACAUAUUCAAGUUUUUGUUCAAUUAUCUUGCUGAAAAUCAACUGGAGGUUACAUUAUCAAUUGAAAAUAUAUUGAAAUUUUUUGGAUUCAGUAAAGAGUAUAGUACCAAUAACAUUUUGCAACCACCACAAGCUUCUCAUCAUUAUCAUCAUCACCAUCACCCUGAUCAUGCAGUAUAUUCACCCAAUCCAUUUUGGAAAUUUGGUCAACUGAAUCGUCGUUUCUCGGAAUGCAAAGAAUUGUAUCUUGUUGAUGGAGGUGAUGAUGGACAAAACUUACCGUUCCAACCAUUGAUUAGAAUAGGUCGUAAAGUCGAUUUGAUCAUGGCUUACGAUAUGAGUGGAGAAGAUAUGAAUUAUCCUAAUGGGUCGGUAUUGCAAGAGACUAGUAAACGUUUUUCACAAACUGGUGGAGAUUCAACGCUGGGUUCUCAAUUGGCGCCCUUUUUCAAAUUGCCUAGUGUUGUGGCGUCUGAACUGAGAGAGGGAUCAGUUUUCAAAUCAAUAUUCCCCAAAGUUCCCACAACUGAGCAGUUGAUUGGGGAUGGAUUAAACCUACGACCUAUAUUUCUCGGAUGUGACAUAAUUGAAGAUUUUGAGACAAUGGAUGUGAAUGCAACUGACGAUAGAGCACUAUACAAUUUUGAUGAUGAUGGUUACCUACCGCCCAUAAUAAUGUACCAAGCAAACUCAAACUAUACCCAUCAACUGAACUUUUCCACAUUCAAGUUGAGCUAUAAUGAAACGGAAGUUGAUGCAAUUGUUGAUAAUGGAUUUCAAAUGGCUUCAUUUUAUAAUUCAUCAUUGUAUGCAGUGUGCUUGAAUUGUAUAAUUUUGAAACGAGAGUUUGAUAGGACACGAUUUGGGAUGCUGGCACGUACAAGUGGUUCAGUGAAAGUGCCUAAAUUUUGUCAAACUUGUUACAAGAUAUACUGCUGGAGAGGGUGA